AUGCCUCGCUUCACUUCAGUUAUCAUCUUUCUAGCUCUUAGUUCUUCCGCGGCCCUCGCCGAGGUGUGCCCGAAGUUCGUUUGCGGGCCGGGUAAUUUCCUGUAUGGCAAGUUCACCGACCCCAAAGACCCGCUCAAGGAGCCGUCGGAUCCUCUGUGGGAGGGGUUCUUCACUCCGGGUCAGAUGUACGACUACGUGACGAGGUUCAACAUUAGCGACUUGAAGAUCGAAACCCCGCAGCUGGACUGCUACGAGUUCUGCGUUGCCAAAAACAUGCUGCUGCCAAGCAAUGCGGACCCGGCGAAGAAGGCCAAGUACUGGAUGUUCGAGGAGACGUGUCUGGAGGGGACCUGCGCGAAGUGCACCUGCGCGGGAGCCAGCGUGAAGUGCACGGGAGGCGGAAACAUGCAGCAGCCGCGUGCAAGGGUGAACGUGGGCAGCGCAGGGGAGAACGUGGGCAGGACGUGGGGGACUCAUGGAAAGGACAACCGGUGGUUCGACGAUGGCUCUUUUUAG